CCUYCCUCAAGUGCAGUGGGGAGGGACAAAGAGUCCUCAGCCCCCAGCGCGUCGGGUCCUCGCCGCCGCGCCCCAGCCCGGAGCCCGCACCUCUCACGUGGUGCCACGCGCGGACAAGCUCUCCUCGGAGGUUGGCCGGGCCAUGGCCAGGUCCCCGCUCGGCCGGGCUCUCAGGAGCACUGCUCUCUCCGUCUGACCGCACUCCAUCCUCCCGCGCCCUCCGGUACCGCGCGCUCCUGGAACUCCAGCCUCGGUCCACACCGUCCGUCCGUCUGUCCGUCCUGGCGCGCAGUCUCGGGCCACCGGCUUGGAUGGACGCCCUGAGGCUGCCCGGGCAUCCAGGGGUCUUGCUUCCGAAGUUGGUCCUGCUUUUUGUGUACGCAGAGGAUUGCCUUGCUCAGUGUGGCAAAGACUGCAGAUCCUAUUGCUGCGAUGGGACCACGCCCUACUGCUGCUCCUACUAUGCCUACAUUGGGAACAUUCUCUCGGGCACUGCAAUUGCUGGCAUCGUCUUUGGAAUCGUGUUCAUCAUGGGGGUCAUUGCUGGAAUUGCCAUAUGCGUCUGCAUGUGCAUGAAAAACAACCGGGGCACCCGGGUGGGUGUCAUCAGAACCACCCACAUCAACGCCAUCUCCUCCUACCCUGUGCCACCACCCCCCUAUGGUUACGACCACGAGAUGGAAUACUGUGCAGACUUGCCUCCUCCAUACUCCCCAACUCCACAGGCCUCAGCACAGCAUUCUCCACCCCCUCCUUAUCCUGGACAUUCACGGAAAUAAUGUUUCUCCUGGAACAGAAUAUGUGUCAAUCAAUGAUCUUGCCUAGAUUGAAAUGCCUCUAUUACCUAAACAAACAGGAAAGGGUUGCUCUAAGGAAUACUUUUAUGGGUCAGAUACUAUUUCUGGUGGACUGUCUGUGCUAAGAGGCACAGGGUUCCCACCCUGAUCAGAGCUGACCCCAUGUGGAUUAUUAUGCAUGGUUCUUCAGAAUCACGUUUUAAGGGAUCUGAUCCACUUAAGCACAUUCAAAGAAGAGGAAUGAGAUUGAGAGAACUUCUCAUAACUGAUGUUUAAAGACUAGAUGAAGGCAGUUUCAGUAUGGAUCCUGUAAAAGAGAAGACUGCAGUAGAACAGGAGAACGGCCCGGACUACAUAAGCCAACAGCUUUAUUCUAUGUAGCUUUAAAGUCAGAACCAGAGUUGCUCCUUCUUUCUUUUAUUAAUAUACGUAUAUUGAGUGUCUGAGGCCUAGUAUGUGCCUGGCACUGUUUGAGGCACUGGAUGGAAAUUACCAGAGGGGACUUUGGUUUUUAGUACAGGCAUACCUCAUUUUAUUGCACUUUUCUUUACUGUGCUUCACAAAAAAAUGCAUUUUUUUACAGAAUGGGGGUUUAUGGCAAGCCUGCAUUGAGUAAGUUCAUCAGCACCAUUUUUCCAGGAGUAUACAGUCACUUCUUGUCUCUGUCUCACAUUUUGAGAUAUUACAAUAUCCCAAACCUUUUUCUUUAUCAUUGUAUCUGUUAUGGUGAUCUGUGAUCAGUGAUCUUUGAUGUUAAUAUAGCAGUUGUUUUGAUAUGCUACAAACAAACUGUGCCCAAGUAGGGCAAGGAGCUUAAGAAAGGGUAAAUAUUGUGAAUGUUCCAACUGCACUACCAACUGACUGUCCCCAUUGGGACUUCCUAUUCCCUAAGAUAUAAAAAAAAAGUUGAAAUUUUGUCAAUGAAUAACCCUAUGUGUUUAACUGAAAGGAGUCAUAGAUCUCUCCUUUUAAAUCAUGCACUAGAAAUAACCAAGCUCAAUGAGAGGCAUGUAGAAUGCAGAGACAGCUGAAAACUCAGCCUCUUGCAGUAGUAAACCAAGUUGUGAAUAUAAAAAAACAAAUUUUGAAGGAAAUUGAAAGUGUUACUUCAGUGAAGACAAGAAAGAGAAGUAGCCUGAUUGCUGGUAUGUAGGACGUUUUAGUGGGUAAAACUUUCUGGAUAGAAGAUCAAACCAGCCACAACAUUUUUUUAAGCCAAAGCCUAAUCCUCUCAUCAAUUUGAUAAAGGCCAAGAGAGUUGAGCGAGCUGCAGAAGAAUAGUUAGAAGUUAGCAGAGCUCAGUACAUGAGGUUUAAGGAAAGAAACCAUCUCUAUAACAAGACAGCACAAGCGAAGCAAGUGCCUAUAUAGAAGAAGCUGCAGCAAGUUCUCUAGAACACCUAGCUCAGGUAAUUCAUGAAAAGGCUAAACAGAUUUUACUUUUAGUUUUUUAAACGACAUGUUUUCAAUGUCAAUGAAACAGCCUUAUAUUGAAAGAAGAUACCAUCCAGGACUUUCAGAGCUAUGGAGAAGUCAAAGUCUGACCUCAGAGCUUCAAAGAACAGGAUGAUUCAAUUUUUUUAAGGGACUAAUACGGCUGGUAACUCUAAAUGGAAGCCAAUGCUCAUUUGCCAUUCUAAAAAUCCUGAAUUCCUGCAAGUUAUACUGAAUAUACUGUUCUUGUGCUCUAUUCAUGGAACAAGAAAGCCUAUUUACAACAUGGGUUACUGAAUAUUUUAAGCCUGCUAUUGAGAUCUAUUACUCAGAAAAGAAAUACUUUUUAAAAAAUUAUAGUUUACAGAGGUAGAAUCAACUCCUGGUAAAGAUGCUGUGCCAUUGUUGAAAUAAACACAAGGGAUUUAGAAUAGUACAAAAAAUUAGUUGACAAAUUAGCAUCAGUGUUUGAGACGAUAUACUGUAAUUUUGAAAAAAGUUCUAAUGUAGAUAAAAUGCUAUCAAACAACAUUAUAUGCUACAGAGAAAUCUUUCAUGAAAAAGUCAAUCUGUGUGUCAGACUCUACUUUUGCCUGAUUUUAAGAAAUUGAAACCUCCUCCCCAUCCUUUAUUAAACACCACUUUGAUCAGUCAGCAGCCACCAAAGUUGAAUUAAAGACCCUCCACCAGCAAAAAUAUUAUGAUCGAAUGCUGACUGAGAUGAUCCUUAUCAUUUUUAGCAAUAAAGUUUUUUUUCAGACAUAAUGUUAUUGCACACUUAGACUCAGUAUAAUGUGAACCUAACUUUAAUAGUCACUGGGAAGCCAAAAAAUUGUGACUCACUUUAUUAUGCUAUUCAUUUUAUUGUGGUAGUCUAGAGCUGAACCCACAAUAUCUCCAAGGUAUCCCUCUAUUUAAAAACAGCAUUUAGAGCUUUCUUAUGGACAAAACUAUUUUGUAAAGCUUCCUGUUAUGAAGACUUCAAAACGAACCUAAUAUAUGACCUAGAAAGGGUACCUAAAUCAAAUGGUAAAUAAGCCCA